GCAGACAACCAAAUGCACAUUUGAGGCUUAGUGAAUAGACUGUUAUACACUAUUUGUGAUUGUUACAAUAGAAAUUGUGAAAAAAAGUUAUUUUCUAUUAUAUAUAGAUAGAUCAGAGCGGAUCCAGUCACAAAUAAGGAACGCUCGCUUCACUACCACACUAUAGUUCACUGUUCGCUGCUUCUUCAGAAUUCGACGAUCCGUCGUUACCACGUUUCUGCGUUUUUCUUCUAAGCCAUUCUACUACUGGUCGCACAAAGCACGCAUCGAGGCACCCUACGAGGCACACACCGAGGCAUCGUACAAGGCAUUCACUAGCAGGGUGCUUCAAACGACAUUUGCCUUGUGCCUCGUAAAGCGAGUGAGUGCCGCAGGGUGGCGCGUAGAAGCUUCCGUAUAAGCAUGUUCCGUUCACAAGUGCGACUCGCUAGAAGAGUCAAUCCGUACGCAUUUUACCAUCCACAGUGCAAAUGCUGUGAAUGCGUGUGCAGUGAACUGCACUUCAUACGCAUGCAAUUAAUGAUGCGCAACCACCCGUAUCGGCAAUCACGCAUUUCAUAAUGGCGACAGCAUUGUUUGUGGGGUUUGUAGUGUGUUGUCAAGUUUUUAUUGUAAUUCCAUAUUUUAUUGUUUUUAUUGCCACACUAUUGUGAGGAAUUAUCGUUGAUUUAAUUUUUCUCUACUGCAGCAAAAUAAGAUUUUACAUUAUCGUGAAGUAAGAUGUCUCAAAAAUUUAAAAAUUAUUUGGAACUCAGUUCGAGACAAAAAAAAAGACGUUUAGAUGCGAUUAUUGAAAAUAGACAACAAUUGCCAUUACAUGACGAAGAUGAUUAUUCGGAUACUAAUCAUGACGAUAACAACGACGCUGAUAUUAAUUACGAUCUCGAUGAUGGGGUUAAUCAUCCUGCUGAUGAUAAUGUUGAUAACGCUGUUGAUGAUAAUGUUGUUAAUGCUAUUGUUGAUAAUCAUGAUAUCAACGUUAAUCCCGAUCCUGAUGAUGAUGAUGAUGGUGGUGUCAGUAACGAUAGCGAUGACAAUGAGACUGUCAGUUCUUACGAAGAAGACAAUGAAUAUGACUUUGAGCCAGAAAUAUCAAUUGCAGUAGCGAAUGAAGAUGAUGAUUUAAGUGCGUCAGAUGACGAAAAUCGGGACAAUGCUGUUCAGGAAGAUAUAGUGGGUUUGCAAAGGAGGAGUUUAAAAAAUGCUUUUUUGGCAGCUAACAUAAAUCACAGUCAAGGAAAUGUCUUAUUAAAAACAUUGCGUCAAUUUCCUUUUAAUAUGUAUUGGCUGCCUAAAGAUUCCAGAACAGUCAUGAACACUCCAACUAUAGUUGCCAGCACUAGAGUUCAAAAUUUAGCUGGUGGUCAGUAUUUGCACAUUGGUUUCAAGAAAACACUAGUCAAAAAAUUGGAAAAUAUUCCCGUAAACUUAUUGCCAGAUACGAUAGACAUCGAUUUCAGCACAGAUGGUGCAAAAGUUGACAAAGGUGCGGAUCAAUUCUGGCCUCAUCAGUAUCGAAUCCUAAAUAUUGAUGAUGAUCGUCCCAUUAUAGCUGGCAUAUUCCAAGGAAAUCAUAAGCCUUCUAACCCAUUCGAAUUUUAUGAAGCAUUUGCUCAGGAACUUAUGGAUGUUCAAGAAAAUGGAGUUCUCGUUAGAAACAAACUUUGUUUUUUGAAUGUACGUCUCUUCAUUGCUGACGCUGAGGCUAGAGCGUUUGUUUUGAAUCAUUACAAACAUAAUUCAACAAAUCCCUGUUCUAAAUGUAAGGUUGAAGGCCACAGAUCUACGGUUCCAGGAUUUGAAAGGACAAUGGUUUUUCCUGGUGAUGAACAUCCACUUCGUACAGAUGAGGAAUACCAAAAUUUAAUAGACGAAGAUCAUCAAAAGGGUGGAAGUCCUCUAGCUGCUCUGUUACCACUAGUAAAACGUGUUCCCUUCGAAGUCUUACAUUCUGUUUAUUUAGGAAAUACGAAAAAGAUUUUGUGUGCUCAAGUAGGCGGACAAUUUGGAUUUCGGAGGUUGAAUGUAAGAAAAUUGCAAAUUCUUGAUGCUCGAAUGAGCGAGCUUAUUCUCUUUUGCCCUUCAGAUUUUAACCGACGUCCACAAGUCUUAACAAAAUAUCAUGCAUUCAAAGGGACGGAAUUCCGACAAUUUCUACUAUACACUUCACCUGCAGUUGUCAAAAAUGUUUUCGAUGAGGAUUAUUAUACACACUUAAUGAUCCUCCAUAGUUCCAUGCGUCUUCUUAAUUCAUCAAACACGCUAAGGGACAUGUAUCCUUUUUGUAGAGAGGCGUUGAAAUCUUACUUUACACUAUGUGAAGUGUUAUACGGGGAGCAGUUUCUUUCUUACAACGUCCACAGUGUGCUACAUUUAGUAGACGAUGUAGAAGAACUCGGUCCUGCGGAUACUCAUAGUGCAUUUCGUUACGAAAAUAAUAUGCAGGAAUUACGUAAAUUUAUUCGAAAGCCGGGUCUGAAAUUACCCCAAAUAUAUAAACGAAUAUGUGAAAAAGAGGAUUACGCUUUAACUCCUAUUGAUCGAAAUAUAAGAAUUGAACUAUCACAACGGCAUGAGGAAGGACCUUUGCCUGCAGAUAUUGAUGCUAAUAUUUGUGAACAAUUUAGAAAGAUUGCAGUUGGCAAAUGCACAUUGUCUACGGCGCUGCGGGACAAUUGUUGCAUUUUAAAGAAUUCCGAAAUUUGUAUUAUAAAUAAUAUAAUACAAACAGAGGAACACAUUUUUUUGAUUGUUCAAAACUUUCGAAUUGUCAACGAAUUAUAUAAUAUUGGAAUAUCAUCUACUUCGGUUGGAGUAUACACUUGUCAGGAUUUGGACUUAAGACUGAAAGCAAUUCCAAUUACAUACGUUGAAAGAAAAAUGUACAGGAUGCCAAAAUGGAGUGAUGUUGAAGGUGAAGAAGAACACGCUAUUCCGAACCAUUGGAUUUGCGCCUCUUUAUUGUCACCUUUCACAUUGCCUGAAAAUAUGUGAAAUGAAACUGAAGCUGACUAUUUGCAAGACGCACUUUGUAUAUACUCAUUACAGAUUAGCAUCAUGGAAAGCGUUGCGAAAAUAUCCACUUUGAAAAAGGAUAAGCACCCACUAAAAAUAUCAAGUAAAGGCAGGACGCUUAAACGUACACAAAAAGUAAUAACAUCUUCUGAUGAAGCUCC